AUGUCUUCUUCAUCAAAGGGAAAAAACUGGGACGGUUCUGGCACGCAAGAAGAUUUGAUGCACCGAGACGAGUGCAUUUUAGUGGACGCUAAAGAUUCCAUCGUCGGUCACGCGAGUAAAUACGACGCUCAUCAUUUCUCCGCGAAUGCAGAAAGAAGAAACACUCCGAAAGGUUUAUUACACCGAGCGUUUUCGGUGUUUUUAUUCGAUAAAGAAAAUAACAAACUUUUGUUGCAACAAAGAGCGGCGUCGAAAAUUACCUUCCCGUCGGUGUGGACGAACACGUGUUGUUCGCACCAGUUGCACGGAUACGAACCGACUGAAGUAGACGACGAGGUAGUAGACGUGAGAAAGAAUAAGAGAGCGCCGGGCGCUGUUCGCGCGGCGAGGAGGAAAUUGUUGCACGAGUUGAACAUAGACCCAGAGACGGUGAAAGAAACGCAGUUUAAGUUUCUAACUCGUUUGCACUAUUGCGCGAAAGAUAGUUUUGGAGAGGCGAGUUUGCGUCCGGAGAACGGGACCGCAUUUUGGGGCGAACACGAGAUGGAUUACGUUUUGUUUUGUCGAGCGGACCAGGCGGAGUUGGUGAAAGGCGGGAUGUCGAUUAACCCGGAAGAGGUAGACGCGAUGAUUUGGGUGUCGCCGGAGGAGUUGAGAGAGAUGAUGAAGGAAGAGAAAGGUUUGCGGUGGUCUCCGUGGUUUCGAAUCAUCGUCGAUAGAUUUCUGUGGAAGUGGUGGGAGAACAUCGACGAAGUGUUUGCGACCGAUAAAUUCGUCGACGAGCAAAGUAUUCACGAAGUCUUAGAAGAGGAAGAUUAA